UGUAUAAACAGGCGUAAAUUCACGAUUUGCUCACCACAUCAACUAGAUGCAGUAUGUGUCUCAACGUUGGGGAGUAGGCACAAAGAAACAGGAAAUGCGGGAAGUUGGAUUGACGAGCUGCCCUGUCGUUUGUUUUCAUCGUUAGAGUUGGAGCCUCCCUCUCCUUCAGCUACAGCUGACGUAGAGUAAGCAAGAACGAGCAGCAAUGAUACAUACCAUAAAUCAGCCACGAUGCAGCGGCGAAGUCGCGAUAAUCUAGGGGUAAUACUUCUGAUACAACACCUCAUUUUCACCAUCGGAAUCGAGAAUAUCCCACCGGUGACUCUCAGCGCGAUCGGACUUCAAAUUGCACUCUAUUUAGGGGCCAUAAAGGUUCCAUGGGGUACUCUCCAGGACGGUUGCAUUUCGGCCUACACUAUCAUCGAGCUCCGCGAGUUUUACAGGAUAUUCAGUUCAGUGGUGGAACACGCUGAUAGCAUGCAUCUCUAUUACAAUAUGGCAUCGUUUGCCUGGAAGGGCAUCAUCCUUGAAUCAGCCGUGGGCGCUCCGUUUUUUGCAUACAUGCUCGUCGUAUUUAGUAUUCUGACCGGAGCUCUUUCUGUGGCCAUCUACUACGCGUUGGCCAUAUUAAUCACACCCCAGUUCAUGUUCAGCUGUAGCGUCGGAUUUUCAGGAGUAAUUUUCGCUCUUAAGGUGAUCAUUAAUCGGGUGUACCCUGAUGUGUACCCGACGAUUGCAGGGUUCCAGGUACGCGUACCAGGAGGCAUGUAUGUUUGGUUGGAACUGCUCAUGCUGUCAUUGAUAGCGCCUGGUGUAAGUUUUGUCGGCCACCUGUCCGGCAUCAUUGUGGGCCUUGCUUAUAGCAAAGGUUGGCUACACCCGAUUUUCGACGCAUUUGGCGUCUUUACGGGUUACAACCCUCACCGGCAGUGGGCUCGCAGCUAUAACAACCGCCGUACCGGUGGCGGCGCAACCCGUCAACCUGGCUGGAACUCCGAAUAUCCUCAUCAGUCCCAAUAUAACAGCGGAUACGAGAGAACAUACACGUUUUUUCAGCGGUGAAGAACAUAAUCGGAAGUUGGUGCAGUGGGACAUGCAUACAACCCCAUACUCUUUCCCGAUAGUCGGCUCAAUUGACAAGAGUCUUCAGUAUUUGGGAACUCAUGGUACAGUCCGCCAUUCCAAUCAAUCGGCACAUAUGUACAUGAUAUCGGUAUCAACAAUGUCUUUUUCAAGGUUAUCUCGAAUCAAGUGAAGAGCUUUAGGGCGGAUUUCCAUUGUUACCAAGGGCACCAUGUCACUUAAGGGCAAAGGCCCAGAUUAAUCUAAAUAUAAGGUGCGCAUCAAAUCAAAUCAUAUAAGAAGUAAAAAGAGUAUUAUUUACAAGAAAUUUACA